AUGUAGUACCUGUUGAAUUUCAUCCACCACGGGCCCACGGGCUACGCUCCAUACUGUGCUGAGCGUCUGAGACGCACCUACAGCAACGGGGCCCGGACUGAACCUCCCAGCUGGCUGGAACUUCAGGCAACAAAGCAGAAGAAACCCAUUAUGUUUAAUGUCACCCUGAUGAAUGGCCAAAGCAUCACUGUCCCUGCAGACUCUGCUUCCACUGCCAAAGAGAUCUGUCAGUUCAUAGCAGAUAAAAUCAAACUGAAGGAUAUCUUUGGGUUUUCGCUCUACAUUGCUGUGUUUGAUAAGGUCUGGUCGCUGGGCGGGGGCCGGGAGCACGUGCUGGAUGCCAUCUCGCAGUGCGAGCAGCUGGUGAAGGAGCGUGGCACGCACGAGCGCCACGCGCCCUGGCGCCUCUACUUCCGCAAGGAGAUCUUCACACCCUGGCACAGCUCCCGCGAGGAUCCCGUCAGCACUGACCUCAUCUACCACCAAGUCAUCCGGGGCGUUCGCUUCGGAGAGUACCGCUGUGACAAGGAGGAAGAUUUGGUGGAGAUAGGUGCAAAAUAUUGUUAUAUCCAAUUUGGAGAUACCAUCCACAAUGAACUUGUGCAGAAGGUGCUCCAUGACUGUAUUCCAGUAAAACAGCUGAAGUCCAAACCCCUGGAAAAGUGGGUGAGCCUUGUAACCUAUGCACAUGCUAAGGCCCCAUACACACAGGACCAUCUGUCCUCUCAGACUGUGAAGGAGCAACUUGUAGAUUUUGCUCGCUUUCAGUGGCCUUUGCUUUUUUCCAGAUUCUUUGAAGUCACUAAGUUUUCAGGACCCAGCUUGCCUAAGAACCACUUCAUUAUUGCUAUAAAUUGGAAAGGCAUUUGCUUCUUGGAUGAGUCAGAAAAGCGGCUACUUGAGCUGACCUUUCCAGAGAUAACUGGCAUCCACACCAACAGGGCAGUGAAAUCAUUUGGACAGAGCUGCACUCUCAUCACGCUUCGUGCCGAGGAGUUUGUUCUGACAUCUGUAAACAGUGUUGUAAUUGCUGAACUGGUGGUGAUGUUCCUGGAAGGACUGAAGAAAAGAUCACAAUUUGCUGUGGCAAUGCAUGAGAAAAAAUCCCAGGAAGAUCCUGGCAUCCUGUCUUUCAAGAAGGGAGACUUACUAAUCUUCACUGAAGACAAAAGGCUGGAUGCAGACUCUGGCUGGAUCUGUGCCCAGAAUGAAAGGACAGGCAAAACAGGGAAUGUAUUUUUGGAAGACAUCUAUAUUAUUCCUUCCCUCACAAAACCCUCUAGUCAAGUGCUGAGUUUGCUGAUGAUGUCUCCAGACCAGAGGAGGACAGCUUCACAGAACUCCUUCAUGGAGGAACCUGAUGAAGAGGAUAUCAAGGUGAAGCCUUACACCCUGGAGGAGUUCUCCUACGAACACUUCAGGGCUCCUGAGAAGGAAUCCAUCAGCAAAGCUGUUCUCCAGAAAUCCCGUGGGCACAGUCAACUGUGGGCACAUUCCAAGGAGCCUCUGAAACAGCCAUUGCUGAAGAGAGCAUGCACAGACCCUGAUCUUCGGGAUUUGGCCUGUCAGGCCUUCAUUGCCAUCAUGAAAUUUAUGGGAGACUACCCCUCAAAACAGGCACACUCCUCUGUGGAAGUCACUGACCAGAUAUUUGUGCCAGCUAUCCAGGAGGAGGUCCUGCGAGAUGAGAUUUACUGUCAGAUUAUGAAACAACUGACUGAGAACAGAAACAGGUACAGCGAGACCAAGGGCUGGCAGCUCCUCUGGCUCUGCACUGGCCUCUUCCCACCCAGCAAGUCACUGCUCAAACACACCCAGAAGUUCAUAGAGACACGCCAGAAAGAAACACUGGCCCCGGGCUGCCGUCGGAGGAUUCAGACAGUAAUGAGGAGUGGCUGCAGGAAGUGGGCACCUCAUCCUGUGGAGGUUGAGGCCAUCUUACAGAACAACACUAAGAUCUCACACAAGAUUUGCUUCCCCAACGAAACAGAACUGACAUUUGAUGUGGGAACAAACACCAAAAUCCAGACUCUGUGUCAGAACAUCGCUUCCAAAUUGCAGCUGCACUCCUGGGAAGGUUUCAGCCUCUUUGUUAAGAUUGCAGACAAGGUGAUCAGUCAGAAUGAAGCAGACUACUUCUUUGACUCACUAAGGCAGGUGACAGACUGGAACAGAAGGAACAGGCCAGGAAAAGAUGGGGCUGCUCUGUCUGUGGCCUAUGAGGUGUACUUCAUGAGAAAGCUGUGGCUGAAUGUCACUCCUGGCAAGGAUCUGAAAGCUGAUACCAUUUUCCAUUACCACCAGGAGCUGCCAAAGUACCUCAGAGGCUACCACAAGUGCUCCAAGGAUGAAGCUGUGCAGCUGGCAGGGCUGAUUUAUAAAGCGCGCUUCAACAAUGACCGCGCCCAGCUGGCAGCCAUCCCCAAAAUCCUGAAGGAGCUGGUGCCAGACAAUCUGCUCCGAGCAGUGGCACCAGAUGAAUGGAAGAAGAGCAUUAUUGCAGCAUAUAGUAAACAUGAAGGAAAAACUGUAGAUGAGGCCAAGAUUGCUUUCUUGAAAAUGAUACACCGGUGGCCAACGUUUGGAUCAGCCUUUUUUGAGGUGAAGCAAGCCUCGGAGCCCAAUUUCCCAGAGAUUGUACUGAUUGCAAUCAACAAGCAAGGAGUCUCACUGAUACAUCAGAAGACAAAGGAAAUUUUAGUAGUCUACCCCUUCAACAAGAUCUCCAACUGGAGCAGUGGGAGCACAUAUUUUCACAUGACCAUAGGGAACCUGGUACGAGGAAACCGGCUCUUAUGUGAGACAUCUCUGGGUUACAAAAUGGAUGACCUGUUAACAUCCUACGUACACCUGCUCAUGAAUGCUGUAAACAAGCAAAAGAACCUCCCAGCCUGAGAAUGGAAAUAGAGCCCAUGACCUGUACUCGUGCCAAACUACUGUAACUUCAUAUCCCAGAAGAAAUGCCAUUUAAAAAAUAUUAAUCUUGUUGAUCAAUCUGCUGAUCACACACUGAAUGAACUGAGCUGCUGAAAUACUAGCGCAGGAGAAACUCAAGUGAGCAUGUGCUUUCAAAUAUCUGUAACUCUUCUGUCUUAGAUGUAGAAUGAGAAUUCCAUUCAGAUACUGGAUUUAGAGAAAGUUUGGAUGGACUUUAAUGCUCUGUGGGAGUGGGGAAUCCCUGUGAGGGCCCCUUCUAAUAGCCUGAACCUACUAUAGUCAAAGUCAGACACACCUGAAGAGCUGUCUUCCUUUUGGAAAGAAAAUGCCCCUCAUUGCACAUGCUCUUACCAAAUGUACAAACUCCAAGAGUCUUUGGAAACAAAGAUAAUUUUUUUCCACCUGUUGGCAACUCUAAGAGUGGAGAAAUGCCCUUUAGUAGUAGACAACUGGAGAGUUGAAAGGUAAGAUGUUGUCCCCUGACUUACCACAGCCUUGCUGAAAUAGUCUUCUUUCUUCCACAUGUUAUAAUGCUCUUGUAAACUAACAACCACUUUCUACUGUACAGUUUCUAGUAAGCUCUGAAAUGAGUCUGGGGUUUGGGUCCAUCAUGUUUAGUUGCUCCUACUUCAAGAUAUAGAUGAGCUAUUCAGUGCAAAUCAGAACUGAAGAACUCAGUCUAACAGAGGUCUGUUGAAAAGAGACUUUUCUGCUCCACAAGAAUGUUCUGUUUGGAGUUAUGCAUUCCAAAGACAUAUUAUUCUUGUCUCGUGAGACAUUCCCUCACGAGACAAGAAUAAUAGCUUUAAUUUGUCCUGAUCUUUUCUGCUUCCUGUUUAGCAGACAGCUUGAGUGGUAAAAUUUGAUUCAGCACUUGCUCAUCUCUAAGAGUUUGUAGAAAUACAGCUUUGGUGCCACAGGAACCAGAGUGUGCAAAGCAGAUACAGACUAUGGUGGGAGCAAGCUUAGCUGCUUCCCCCUCAGGUAAUGUACUCCUCUCUCACUCCCAGUGAAACAUGAACAUGUCUUAAAGCAUUUACACCAAGUUCCUUGAGACACAAUCCAGCAGUGCUGGAAAAGCAGCUCUGCCUGAUCUCUCAACUUUGCCAAUGGAUGCACAAUGGUUGUCUUGCUCCCUCAGACAUGUGUAUGCAAAAUUCAAAUGCUGGUGGGAGUUUUGUAUAUGGGUGGCAGGGAAGAGCUCCACUCUCUUUGUGCAUCUAAAUGAGUGCCACACCUGUCAGAAUAGCUGAUCUUUUUGCAAGCAGCUAGAGGCUCCUGCUGUAAUGUCCAUUGCUGGCAAUGGAAAUGCUGGAGUCUAAUUACCCAGAGUGGUUUUGUCACCCAGUGUCUGAGCUAACUAAUUAGCUAUAAGUGAGUAAUGCUCAACACUUCACCUGUACAAUAUGAAAUCUUGCAGCCAAACUGUACUGUUUCUGGUUUUUAAAUAAAAGACGGCAGAAAAUCAA